GUUAAUUGUGCUGGGUCAAAUGACUGCAAGGGGUUCUUUUCACCACUGAACACCUGGGUUGGGUUAUUUUGACCCAACCGGUUUGUUUAUUUUUCCUCUUCAUCGAAUUUUCUGGGUUCUUCAUUCGUCUCGUCGUCAGACGGCCAAGCAACUCGCAGCAAGCAGGAUUAUAAGGUAACGUUAGCUGCAUUAGCUGUCCUUAACGUUAAACCACAAUAUUGCAGAAUUUGUUUUGCCUCCCCAAAAAAUUUGAGAUGGUGGAUUCGCAGCAAUGGGUCUACCAGCAUCCCAGAAAUCUUGAAGGAGAUCUCCAGGCUUCUAGAAAAACUUGGCAUGAUGCUAAAAGGGAGAGUGCUUUCAAAGUCCUGCCCGCUCUGCUUUUCCAAUCAAUAUACAAGAACGGAGGACAGGUCUUCAGACCCACAACCACAGAAUCCUGGAAGUCAUUCAUUUGACGUACAACCUGUAAUAUACGUCCCGCCUGAAGGCGUGCUUCAUUUCUCUCGCACCUUUCUGAGAAAUGCUUCAUUUCCAGUUUCGGUUUUUCAACAGAUAUAACCUGAAAUUCGAGAUGUGUGUGUGUAGUGAGGAACGUCUAUAGACGCCCCUAAUGGGUGGAGGCCAACAGCAGAAAACAGGAAGGUGCUGAUAAGACGCUCCAAAGUUCACCUGCACACCUGAGGAGCUCCAGAUCUUCCUCCAGACCGGCUGCAGAUGGACAACCGAGGACAGACUCUGUCACUGCACAAGUGACAGCGAUUGAAGAAUGUCCCACCGUGUGACUUAAUGUGAUUUUUCUCAUUUGUGGAUAUGAGAUUUUGAGGAAGCGUCUCGUGGAAAUAAUGAGAGGACUGUGUCUCUGACCAUUGGAUGUUUAUUGGAAGCUUCAAAUUGGAGAUAUUUUCACUCGUCUGGAUAUGUGGCCUCUGAGAGUCGCCGUUUUCCUGCUCUGCUUUACAGGUUGCUGGGGUAAGAGUUGUAACGGGACGAAGGCUUAUUUUGAGUCCAGGAAUUUCUUCAGCGUUCUCCGUUGGGUUCCUGUUGACGUUCCGGAUCAAACGCUUCUCUACAGCGUCCACUACAACCUUUAUGGGAGACCGUAUGAACCAGUGACGUGGUGUCAGAACAUCUCCACUCCUGGUUGUGACAUGACGGAUGUGAUGACCCAUGUGAUGAGCGAUGUGACCUCUAAAUAUCAUGCCAAGGUCAGCGCCGGUGGACGGUGCCUGGGAGAGGUGGUGUUUAUUCCGUUUUGGGAAACCACAUUCACCGCUCCGCAGCUGUCGGUAACGUCAAACCAAACCCAUCUGAAUGUGACGGUUUUGCCGCCGAUGGUCGCUUGGAACUUCUCUGUUGAGAAUAUCGGCUUUUGGGGAAAAGGUUUCCUGAGCUCAUCCGUUAAGUACACAGUUCGUCUGACACAUCCCGAGUUACUGGCUGGGAAGGUAUUUGAGGACACGUCUCGCUCGGUGUUUAUUUGGCUUGUGAAGACAGAUGUGCAGUACUGUGGAGAUGUGUUUUAUACGCUCACACAUCCCGGUCUGUCCGGUCCCAGUGGAAACGCCUCCUUUUGUGUGACUGUCUCAGCACCUAAUUCCUGGCUUCAUAUAUUAAUAUGGCCUGGUCUGCUGGCUCUGCUGCUGCUGAUCGUCCUACCCAUCAUGCUUUGCCAGCUGUCAUUGAAGAGUGAGAAGUCCUUACCAGAAGCACUGAUCCUGCGAAAGAACAGCAGUCUUCCGUUUUGGUCAGAUCCCCGAGACGACAUCUCUAAAGUGGAAGUGUCGUCCGGAUUCGUUGCGAAGCUUGAACCACAGGCUGUUUUUCCUCUGACAAAGUCACAGAUCGAGGUUAUUAAUGCUUACGCAUCCCAGGAGCCCUGUGACCAGGAGUGGACAUGUGAUCAACCAGACAUCCCAGUCCAAGUCAGCCCAGAGUCUUCUGUGCACUACAGCUGGUGUGUGCCUGUCCAGAUCUCCAAACCAUCAUCUGAUGGCACGACAGAUGAAACCCGCUCGGAUUCAUUUGGUCCAGAGUCCAUUUCGAGCUUCUUGCUAGGCCGUUCAGACACUGAAAACAGCAGCGGGCCACUGGUGGUACCGGUUAAACCCACCAAAAACGGUGCGCUGCAGUUUCACGACUGUUUAUUCCAGUGUGACACUGGUCAAAAUUCUCCAGCACCUUCCCAGGACUCAGAAGGUUCAUCUGGAGAACAAACUCCUUUACUAUCUGACUCCAGGUGUAGCUCAUCCUACCUGCCCAUACACAUUUCUGAGGUUGUGACGUCAAACUACAGGCAAAACUGGCUGCCAGGGAUUCCUCUGGUGGGACAACAAGACCAGAGGACUUAUGUUAUGAGGACAGACCACCUCCAGGACUCAACUGAACCCGAUGAGAACUUCAUAGAUGAAGAGGAACCUAGAGUUGGUGUGAUUUUUCUGGACAGGCGAUUGGUGGAGAUGCAGGAAUUGACUUUGUCUUGCAACUAACCGGCGGAGCUUCUUGCUCUUCUCAGUGCUCUUAGUAUGUCCAUGCAAGAUAAAAAGAUGUUAAACGAUCAUCUGUUGGGUUUUGCCAGCUCAUUGCGUCAGGUAGUUGUGUAGGAAGUGGCGCAAGUUUGAGAGUUCAUACAAACUUUAUAAGUUCACUACCGUCACUUCAGGGUCUUUCCGAAUGAAAUCAACCAAACUUCAGAAACCUCCCCAGCUAAAAUGCUUGAUUUUGUUUAUUUUUUUCUGAAAGACAAACAUAAAUAGUGAUGAAAGCCAGCAUAGUACGUGCCAUAGAUGAAUAUUUACUGAGUAAUCCACUGUUUUGUCAAAUUGUGGGGUCAAAAUGACCCUUUUCGCCUGAGAUUUGGAGCCAAAUUACAGGUGGGGAAAAUGACUUUAGAAAAAUGGCAGCUACAUCAUGUUAAUUUUACACAGAGAUUGGUAGGUCUAUUAGUAAAAUCCGUUGUCUUAAGCAGUCUUUGUAGCAUUAUGUGCCAAUGGUGACCAUUCAAAAAUGGGGAAAAUGCACUUUUUUGUGAUUUUUUUUCCAAAGUUUGCAUACCUGUAACUCAAGAAGUAUUAAAGAUGUCUUAAUAUUCUUUUACAUAUUGGUUCUUAAGAAAAGUUUAUUUUGUAAUCUUCAUUUUUAAGGCCCAAUAUGGUUCAGUUUCAGAGAUAUUGGCGUCUCAAUUUGGCUCCAUGAGUAACUCUACACAUUAACAGUGGUCAAAAACCAAAUGCAAAUACAAAAUAGUGGAUUACUCAGUAAAUAUUCAUCCAUAUCAUGUAAUAGUUUGGCCUUCUUUCACAUUUAUGUAUUUCUCUCAACAGAAAAAAAAAAACCAUAUAUAUAUAUAUAUAUAUAUAUAUAUAUAAUUUUUUUUUUGUUUUGUUUUUUUUGUUUUUAGCCAGAGACCUCGAGUUGAGUUGACACAAAAUGACCCUAAAGGGAAUUUCAAAAGCAAUGAGUGUUUUCAAACUGGCACUUUGACUGAAACUAAGCUUAUCUGUAGCAUUGCCAUUUUUACAAGUGUUAUAUCAUUUGUUUGUCAAUAUAUCUCUGUUUUAAAUUAUUUGACUAUUUAAUUCAUGCAUAAUGCAUAAUGCAUGAGUCAAAAUGCAGACAAACCUGAAAUACAUGUUGUAAAUGCUGUGUUGUUGCAUUUUCAGAAACAUAUUUACAACAUUGACGGGUUUGACAGUAUUUGUUGGGCUAUUCUGAAUAACGUGAAGGUCAGCAUGAAAUACCAUUCAAAACCCAUUUAACUUCUGAUGCAUUUCUCAGAGAAACAGGAUAUUCAAGAAAUGUUUGCAUAUCUGUUUAUAAUCGGAUCGAUGGCUCAGUUGGACUGAAAAGAGUUCAUGUAAACACCUCAAUCUAUCUGAUUGAGGUUCAUCUGAAUGAAAUAAUAGACCUGAAAUAAUCCGACUAACAGGAAAAAUUAGGCAUGUAAAUGCUUGAAUUCAACUAUAUUCUCAAUCUGAGUAAAAACUACCGUUUGCACAUGCACAGUGAUAGGGUUACAUACGUUUUGCUUUAUUCGAAUGUGUGUAUGCCCUGAAGUUUUGUUUUGAAUAGGCCUACAUGAAAUGCACAUAUAAAUGAAUAUGUGAAUCGUAUUGCAACAUUUAUGGUUCAUGUAAACAGAAUUUUCAGAAUCUGCAAUCAGAUACGUUUCGUUCUGAGUGAUGAAAAUUAGUGCAUGUAAACAUACCAAAGGAGAAAAAAUGUCAUGCAACUCUUGAUUUGAUCAGUUUUUAUUGAUUUGAUCAUAAAAAGUGGACAGUAAUAGAAAAUGUUUAAUAGCAUGCAGUAAUGAAUCACUUACAGUAAGGCAAUAGAUGCAUUAAGAAAGUUAAUGAGGCUCAUUUUGAUUUCAUGCUGACUUUUAUAAACAUUUUAACAAUAACUUUGAAGGGUUCGGUCUUAUGUCAUUGUGCAGCUCUAUACAAACAAUAACAGACCUGGAAGGUGUGUCUGUAAAAGCACAUAUUUAACUUAAUGCUGGAAAUUUCCACACUCGUGAAUUAUAUAUUUGCAUACCAGACAAACGACACUCAUGUUCCUUGGAGUCGGUAUGAAAGGCUUCAUGGGGAUUUUACAGUCUGCAGCUAUGAGGAAGUGCUGAAGUGUGUUCGGUGCUGUGAAAUACCUCAGAAACACUGACAAAAGCUCUUUGUUAUGGAGGAAACAAACAUAUUUGCAAAGCGAAUUCACUGCUGUAAUUCAGACUGUCCUUUUGGGGAAAGAAAAUCAGGAAAAAUAACCCUAGUCUAAAUCUUCCAUAAUCUUAUGGCGAGUUUUACAGACGCUUGAUCCUCAAACAUGUCAAUUAUGUUAUUUAAAUAAAGUAUUGUUCAUCUCAUAUUGGACUAGCAGUGUAUUGAUUUGAUUGGCAUAGUAAAGUUUUAUAUAUAUAUAUAUAUAUAUAUGUUCUUUCACUUUCAUUGAUGAAUCAUUGUGAAUAUUGCAGUAUAUUGGUGCUCUACUGUAAGGUUUGUCAUGGUAAAUGAUGCUUUUUGAAGCACAGAUCUCGUCCGCAUUUAAACACUGUACAGAGAGCAAACAAUGCAAAGGUCAGAGUCAUUUUUAUUGCACACUCAUAAACCGUUCACAGUGAUAAAAUAUGAUAAAUUUAUUAUCUAAAGGUGACAAAGUUCCUCUGUUGUUGCGUGACAAAACAGGUCACAUUUCCCCCAAAAAACAGAAGGAAAAA